AGCUGGUGUACCCAAGUGACUUCCAGCUCACUGACAAGGAGGCUGCCUCGGAGACACUCAGUUCAGUUUUCGAAUGCGCCAGUGUGGAGGGCGAAGGAGUCCCUGGCAUGCCGAUGACAGGAACUACAACAGCAGGGCCCCUGUGGCGCUGCAGAGGGAGUCAGCACACUACCUUGGCUACGUGUACUUCAGGCAGGUGAAGGACAGCUCUGUGAAGAGGGGCUACUUCCAGAAGUCUUUGGUGUUGGUGUCCCGCUUGCCCUUUGUCCGGCUAUUCCAGUCACUGCUAAACCUGGUUGCUCCUGAGUACUUUGAGAAGCUAGCUCCCUGCCUGGAAGCAGUUUGUAAUGAGAUUGACCAAUGGCCAGCCCCUGUUCCUGGGCAGACCCUGAAUCUACCUGUCAUGGGAGUUGUCAUCCAGGUGCGCAUCCCUUCUAAGGUGGACGGUCCAGAAUCCAGUCCUCCAAAGCAGUGUGACCAAGAGAACCUCCUGCCAGCCCCCACGGUCCUUGCCAGUGUGCAUGAACUGGACCUGUUCAGGUGCUUCCGGCCUGUGCUGGCCCACGUGCAGAUGCUGUGGGAGCUCAUGCUUCUUGGGGAGCCCCUAGUGGUUCUGGCACCCUCACCUGACAUGUCUUCAGAGCUGGUGCUGGCCCUAACAAGCUGCCUGCAACCCCUCAAGUUCUGCUGUGACUUCCGCCCUUACUUCACCGUCCAUGACAGCGAGUUUAAGGAGCUCACAACACGCACACAGGCCCCACCAAACGUGGUCCUGGGAGUCACAAACCCUUUCUUUAUCAAAACACUCCAGCACUGGCCCCAUGUCCUCCGCAUCGGGGAGCCCAAGAUGUCAGGGGACCUGCCUAAGCAAAUCAAGUUGAAAAAGCCCUCAAGACUCAAGACCCUGGACACCAAGCCAGGUCUUUACACCUCGUUCACGGCCCACCUCCACCGGGACAAGGCACUGCUCAAACGGUUGCUCAAGGGGGUUCAUAAGAAACGUCCUUGGGAUGCACAGAGCGCCCUGCUGAGGCAGCGCCUCCUGGAGCUCACUCAGAGCUUCAUCAUUCCCCUGGAGCACUACAUGACCAGUCUCAUGCCACUGCAGAAGAACAUCACACCCUGGAAGACUCCUCCCCAGAUCCGUCCCUUCCGCCAGGAUGAAUUCCUGCGUAGUCUGGAGCAUGCUGGACCCCAGCUCACCUGCAUCCUCAAGGGCGACUGGCUAGGCCUGUACAGACGGUUUUUUAAGUCACCCCAUUUUGAUGGCUGGUACCGGCAGCGGCACAAAGAGAUGGCUCAGAAGCUGGAAGCCUUGCAUCUGGAAGCAAUUUGUGAGGCGAACAUCGAGUCCUGGAUGAAGGACAAGUCGGAGGUGGAGGUCGUGGACCUGGUCUUGAAACUUAGGGAGAAGCUGGUGCGGGCACAGUGCCACCAGCUCCCUGUGAAGGAGGUAACACUGCAGCGGGCACAGCUGUACAUCAAGACUGUCAUCUGCUCCCUGCCCAAGGACCUGCAGGCUGUACUAUGCCCUCCCUAGGAUUCAAUCCCAAGGACAUGGGCUGGCCAGGCCUCCCUGUCCCCUGUGGGGUGGGCUUCUGCCAUGUGUGAGCUCCGAGCCUCGGCUCCCUAACCAGGCUGUGGUCUCCUCCCAGCACCACCUGUGUCCCCGCAGUAAACAUGACAUUUGGAACCGCAGCCUGUUCCCCGUUGGGAGAUUCUGUCCUGGCAGAGCUUGGCCCCUCUUGGGCCUUACCAUUCCCUCCACUGCCAUUGCCCUGGGGUAGAGGUGGGCUGUGAGCCUUCAGUGAUGCGG